AUGGUCUAUAAUAAUCUGAAAGUCCUGACUCCAGCCCUCAUCAAAGGCAUCCGCGCCUGCAAAGUAGUGAAUGUGGCGAGAAAUUGCUAUGCUUCUAACUAUCGCGACAGACCGUGGCCGAUGAGCACACUCUCAUCCAGCAGGAAUCUGCAGCAAUACGGACGUCAUUCAAGGAAGAGGACUCGUUUUGCGCGACACAACAAUGAUAUCGCGAAACUCCUCUACAUCCAUAUGCUUGGGUCACCUGCUCACUUUGGGCAGAUACUAGAGUGCUUAAGGCUGGUCGCCAGUCCACGUUUUGCCGACAAACGGUUAGGAUAUUUGGGGAUCAUGUUGCUUUUGGAUGAGAGCCAGGAGACUCUGACAUUGGUCACCAACUCGUUGAAAAACGACAUGAAUCACUCCAACGCGUACGUUGUUGGGCUGGCCCUAUGCACAUUCGCAAACAUAGCAUCGAAGGAGAUGUCAAGAGACCUGGCAAAUGAAAUCGAGAAACUUUUGGGCUCAAGCAGCACUUACAUUCGCAAGAAGGCGGCACUGUGCGCGCUUCGUGUGAUCAAGAAAGUCCCGGAACUCACCAACCACUUUAUUUCCAAAGCAAAGAACUUAUUGACCGACCGAAAUCACGGCGUCCUGCUGUCUUCAAUAACACUUGUCACUGAAAUGUGCCAUUCAGAGCCUGCGAUACGGGACGAGUUCCGAAACGCCGUACCUCUUCUCGUUCGCAACCUCAAGUCUCUUGUAACGACAGGCUAUAGUCCAGAGCACGACGUUUCAGGCAUCACAGACCCCUUCUUACAAGUCAAAAUUUUGCGAUUCCUCCGUUUUCUUGGUCGGGGUGAUGAAACAGCGAGCGAAGCUAUGAACGAUAUCCUCGCACAGGUUGCGACCAACACUGACUCCACGAAGAAUGUUGGCAACUCGAUUCUUUACGAGACCGUUCUUACUGUUCUGGAUAUCGAAGCCGACACUGGACUGCGCGUCGUUGCUAUCAACAUUUUGGGAAAGUUUUUGAGCGAUCGGGAUAACAACAUUCGGUGGUUUCAUUGGACACCAACGCCGUACAAAGGCAUUGCAACAUUAUUCUGGACUGCUUUGCGAGAUGGCGACAUAUCGAUCAGGCGGCGAGCUCUGGAGCUAUCUUAUGCUCUCAUUAAUGAAGGCAAUGUCCGCGUGCUUGUUCAAGAAUUGCUCGCCUUCCUUGAAGUAGCUGACGACGAAUUCAAGCUUGGAAUGACCACACAAAUAUCUCUCGCUGCAGAACGAUUCGCGCCAAACAAACGGUGGCACAUCGACACUGUCCUUCGAUUCCUGCAACUGGCUGGAAACUUCGUGCGGGAAGAGAUAUUGUCCGCCUUCAUUCGUAUGGUAGCGCAUACAUCAGAACUGCAAGCAUAUACUGCAUCAAAGCUCUAUGUUGCUUUGAUGGCCGAUAUUUCUCAAGAGUCUCUAACCCUCGCUGCAACCUGGGUCAUCGGUGAAUAUAGUGAACUGCUGUUGGAGGGAGGAAUUGUGGACGAGGACCCACGCAAACCUGUCUCGGACAAGCAAUUAAUUGACUUGCUGGUGUCGAUUCUCAAUUCACCAUAUGCCAACCUCCUUAUGCGACAGUUUGUGCUGACUGCAGUCACGAAGAUUUCAUCGCUGCCAGCAGUCGGUGUAACUCAGCAUGAGCUCAAGAAGGGUGUCUUGGAGAAAAUACCGCCUCCGGAACUAAAAGCUACUGUUAUCGCUGUCGUCAGUGAACAGAAACCAGUUGGCUCAACGAAAGCCACUGUUGUCGACGUACGUUCUGAAGCACGUUUGCCUGAUGUUACUUAA